AUGAUUCAACAAGUUUGUAACGAAAUAAUUCAUUUGCCCGAUCCAAGUAUUUUAUAUACUGCAUUUCUCGAUAGAAUAACUAUUAGAAGACCUGCUUCUGCUGAUUGGGGUUUUGAGAUUGGAAGAACCUGUUUAGGCAUAAAUUUAAUAACUCGAGUUGAUUACAAUUCCCCGUCUGCAUUUCCAGAUAAAUUUGAUGUUGGGGAUGAAAUUUUGGAGAUUAACGGCCAAUCAGUUAUUGGAUGGAAAAGGACAACACUUUUACGCCGUUUAAACGAAAAACAACAAUUUUUGAGGCCCGGACAGGCACAAUUCUCGAAUUUAGAAAAUGUUGAAACUCAGCUACUUUUGUGUAAAAGACCGAGAGAAAGUUGCUCUCCUCAAAGAUUUCCUAAAAUACAGGAUUGUGGGAAUUUGGGAGGGGAUCAAGAGGCGAAGAGAUUGACUAAAUUGGCUUUGGAUUUUAAAAAUAAGAUUGGAACAGAUUUUUCUAUGAGAUGGCAUCGAAAUCAAAAAGAAAUUUCAAACGAAUUAAAAAAACAAGAAAACAACAAUUCCUCCAACCAUUUAGCCCUUCGACGUGUUCGUUCUUCAAGUUUUACAGCAAAUGUAAAUUCAAAUAGUCGAAGAUGCAGUGAUUGUUCAUUACCUCAAGCAAGUAGAUGUAUUUCACUUUUAAUUCCAACUGGGAAACAACAAUUAUUUCGAAGAGCUUCUGUGUGGAAUGAAAGCCCGCCUGGCACUUUACAUUCUCCUUUUAAGGAUUCAAAUUCAUGGCUACUUUUACUAGCUUCUUGGGGCACAGAAAAUAAUCGUUUGGCAACAACAACUAGACCCGAUCGAAUUCAAAAAAGGCCUCCACCAUUGAAGGGGAUUCUCGAACCUGGCGAAGUUUCUGUUGUGGUGGAUAAAGGAGAAAUUGAGGAUGGACAAAAUGGUUAG